ACGCAGAGAUGGCCCCGGACGAGCAAGUUCCUACUGUCCGGCUGCGCCGCAACUGUGGCCGAGCUAGCUUGUACAGAAAUGUGACAUGUGCUGGAGAGAAUUAUAUGAAGACUAGAAAUCAAAAGCUACAGAAUCAAAGUUAGUUGGUGAAGGGAAGUACACACGAAUUCAGCAUGAGAGCCUGAACGAGGAAAUAGCCAAAGCCAAAGAAUAUGUUUUGAGAAGCAGAAUUUGUACUCAGAUGGAUGGAGGCACCUACUUCAUAUUUUAUUUUAGUUUCACAUGUUAGUACAGCACUUUUUAAGCAACCUUUCCCCUCGAUCUUACAAAAACCCGACUUCAGAUGCAAGGAGAAGCUGCCCUUGCUAGGUUGGGAGAUGGCGCAACGGCAUCUGCCCCUUAUAGGGGCAUGGUACGCACGGCCCUGGGGAUUGUCCAGGAGGAAGGCUUUCUAAAGUUGUGGCAAGGAGUGACACCCGCCAUUUACAGACACGUAGUGUAUUCUGGAGGUCGGAUGGUCACCUAUGAACAUCUCCGGGAAGUUGUCUUUGGCAAAAGUGAAGAUAAGCAUUAUCCCCUCUGGAAGUCGGUCAUUGGAGGGAUGAUGGCUGGUGUCAUUGGACAGUUUCUAGCCAACCCCACUGACUUGGUGAAGGUUCAGAUGCAAAUGGAAGGAAAACGGAAGCUGGAAGGGAAGCCACUGAGAUUCCGUGGAGUACAUCAUGCGUUUGCAAAAAUCCUAGCCGAAGGAGGAGUACGUGGGCUGUGGGCAGGCUGGGUACCCAAUAUUCAAAGAGCAGCGCUUGUGAAUAUGGGAGAUUUAACCACUUAUGAUACAGUGAAGCAUUACCUGGUUCUGAACACACCUCUUGAGGAGAACAUCGCCACUCAUGGCUUAUCCAGUUUGUGUUCUGGACUGGUAGCCUCUAUCCUGGGAACACCAGCUGAUGUCAUCAAAAGCCGAAUAAUGAACCAGCCUCGAGACAAACAAGGAAGAGGACUUUUGUAUAAGUCAUCGACUGACUGCUUACUCCAGGCUGUUCAAGGGGAAGGCUUCCUGAGCCUGUAUAAAGGCUUUUUACCGUCAUGGCUGAGAAUGGAAGAUACUUUACUCCACAGAGACUGCGAUUUACAGGGGGCAGCACUUUAUCUUUCUAUGGAAACCCAAGUUCUCUUUGACUCCUCUUUUUAUCUAAGAGCGAUCUGUCUUGUCAAAUCUCUCAAGACCAGCCACUGAGACCCAUCGUGGCAUUUUCUAAAGAACGGAACCCGGACCUCUUUGACCUUGGGCCAGAAGGUUUGGACUUGGACCUGCUGAGCUGUGCAGAAGUUUCUGCCUAGAGGAACACCAGCAGAAGCCAGCACCUCAGACCUGGGUAGACGCCAGCAAUGUGGAAGACUACAGUGCUUAGGAUAAACAUUUAACCUGUGCGCCUGUAUUUAUUGUUACAGCUUGACCAGUCACUUUUCUGUUAGUAGAGCGCUCAUAUUGUAAUCUACAGGGAGGCAAAUGAAAAUCCAUGAAUAAACAUUUUUGAGUUUCCCUAGUGAUGACAGAAGUUGCUUUACCUUUUUUUGCAAGGAGGAUGGAAAGAUUGAACAAAGGCAACUUGAAAUUAUGUUUGGAUUGCAAGGAAAGAGGCUGCUUGCUUACAGGGUCCACCUUUACAGGUGUGCUCACUGGUUGCUACCCCUUCAUGCAUGCAACAGCCUAAUAAUGUCCCCUGAGAGCCACAGACUGUCACGUGGUGAGAGCAGAACCUUUGCUGUGUAACACAUUCCAUUCCAGCCGCAUUUGUCGGUAGCUCUGAAAAGCCUAACAAAGGGAACCGCGGCAUACCUGACCGAGAUUCAGCUAUCAGGCUCUUCUUCCGAAACACCUCGUUAGGUCAUAAGCUUUUCAUGGAUGUUUUGGGAGCAUGAAGGCAGCUCACGCUGAGAUUUCUCCUUCCAUAUCUCUCUGUUCCACAGAAGGGAGGGCAAAGAGAGGGAUCAGCAGCCUGAGUAUUAGUCAUUUCAAAUCCUAUGCAUGCUUGCCUGAAAUGCGGCAAGAGCAGACCAUCUGCGGUUCAUGAGACUCUCCCCAGACUUGGCACUCAGUCCUUUUUCUUGUUGUAGAAAGGUUUCUCCAGAUUCACCUGUAGAUGCCUGCUUGCCCAGCCUCAGACACAGGGCAUUUCGGGAUGGAUGACUGCAGCUAGGGGUAAAGGCUGGGGAUGUUACUAGGAAAACUUCAACCACUCAGGCCGAAGGGGAAGAUUUCAGAGCCAACCAAAUAGCUGCUAUGAUCGCACAGGUGCUGUGAUCGCCACAGAAACAGCUGCGCCUGUGCUGCGAGACUGUGCGGGUGGAAAAUCACUGCCAUCUUAAAGGAGGAAACACACUUUUAAAGACACUUCAAUGUGUGUAACCAUCUGCUUUUUCUACUUGCAGGAGGAGGAGUUCGAUCUCUUUACAUCUUCAGGUUGCCUGUCUUUCCAUUGCAUUUGUCAGUCUGUAAUUGAGUUGCAAAAAUAUACAUGUAGUCUCUAUUAUGUGCUUAAGUCCCCGAGUAUUCUGUGCCACAAACUGAAUCACUUUGGGGAAAUGUUGUUUUUUUUUUUUUUCUAUGUUUUGUAAUGUUUAUGACUAAGUAAAGAUGGAAUCAAAUAAUUAUAUCCAA